AUGGCGGCUUCGACCCGCCGCGCCGUCAUCACCGCCGUUUCCUCAUCCCUAGCCCUGUCACUGUCGCCAUCUUCGCCUCUCCCUCCUUUCACGAGGGAGGAUUUGGCACUGCCCCCAGAGGAGCUCCCAUCUGACUCCCUCCUGAGCGGUCUCUUACGGAGCGGCGUGAAGCUCGUCGUUGUCCCGCCAGCGAAGAACGCCGAGCGCGUCUCCUCCUCCGCCUCCACCCUCCUCGUCACAGUAGUCUGCUCCUCGUCGGAAGCAUGGCUUGCCGUUCCCGUUCACUAG